GAAGCGCUACAUGUUGUGAAGCAUUAGCUAAAGCUGUUUACUAGCCAAACAAGUUGACAACAUUUUAGAAGCUCUUCAACACGAUGGCAGCGGAUGAAACAGAGUUCAUGAGCUGGGAGGUUGAUGUUUCAUCGUGUGACGGAUUAAGACAGGAGAGACAGCUGUCUGCCUCUCAGAGGAGAUACUACAGCUUCUGCAGGAGGAAGUCAUUUGCUGCCUAUGUGGCAUCUAAGAGGGACAGCAGUGAGGAUGGAGUCACAUCUUGGUGCUGCUGCAGCCAGACCUUCAGCGAACACUCUGCCAUUCACAAACACGUGGCCGGAACUCAUAGUGCUGAACUACAGCAGCUCACACAGGCCACGUACGAGCGUUUGUUAAGCCAACUGGAAGACGAGCCUGAGACACGGCAACCAAAAGAGCACCAGGCAGAGGCGGUGGACAUUUCUGCAUGGAUACCUGAUGUCAGUCACAUCUCUGAGGAGCAGCUUCAAAACGGUCCAGGCAAGGUUCUCCUCUACUAUUGCUACUGUGAGGUAGAAGAUCCCCAUGUCAUCUGUGCUUGGCAGAAAGUUUUGUGUGAGAAGCUCAAUUUAACCGGCAAGGUGAGGGUGGCAACAGAAGGUAUCAAUGGAACAGUUGGUGGCACCAACGUGGCCACUGACAUUUACAUUAAGGCGAUGCAUUCACAUCCUGUGUUCAAGAUGGAUAAAGAAGAUUUUAAGAUCAGUGAUGGGGGAGCAGAGUGUUUCACAGACUUGAAGGUCGGAGUCUAUAAGGAAAUCGUCCCGAUGGGAGUGGAUCCUGAUUCUGUUUCCUACCAGCUGGCAGGAGUUCAUCUGGAGCCUGAGGAGUUUCAUAAAGAAGUUGAAGCUCUUUUGGAUAAAGGGGAUUUGUGCAGUGACACCAUCCUACUGGACUGCCGCAAUUUUUACGAGAGUAAAAUUGGGCAGUUCACUCAAUGUCUAGCCCCAAACAUCCGUAAGUUCAGCUACUUCCCGGACUAUGUCGACCAGAACCUUGAACUGUUCAGAGACAAGAAGGUGCUGAUGUACUGCACAGGAGGGAUCCGCUGUGAGCGAGGCUCCGCCUACCUCCGCUCGAAAGAUGUGUGUAAAGAGGUUUACCAGCUGAAAGGUGGAAUUCACAAGUACCUGGAGCGUUUCCCAGAGGGUUUCUAUCGAGGGAAACUUUUUGUGUUUGAUGAGCGCUAUGCCAUCUCCUCGAACGAUGAUGUCAUCUCAGACUGCAGGUACUGCGGCUGUCCGUGGGACCAGUACAAGCUCUGCUCUACCCGGUUCUGCUGCCAGCUGGUUCUGUCCUGUCCCAGCUGCAGACAGGACGGACACACUGCUUGCUGCCCGACCUGCCAGACCAAAGGCCAGGCUCAGUGCGAGGCGACCUCGCAUCGCAAAGAGGAGUGUGAAUGCACCGACGGACGUCCCAGAAUCCCUCAGGAUGUGUAGCAAUACAACGAAUGGACUUCAGUGCCUGAAAAUGUAGAAUUACUAUGAAUGAUCAAUUUAAAGUGUGUUGCCAAUUUUAAAUUUCCAAUUUUUUUAUAUGGCUGUUGGGAAUCAAGUCAGAUGUAUUAGAUGGGAGUCUUGAAGACAGAUUAAUCAUGAAGUUGAUGUUAUCUAAUGGAACCUUUUAUUCAUGUUUUAUUGAAUACAUAUGAGGGGUUAUUAUAUUAUGUUAAUAUUGUGAAAAUUUCAUCUGUAAUGAAAGCUCAGUUCCAGCUUAUUUGUUUACAAAUGGGAAUUUCUUUUCUUAUCACAGUGCUGAGCUGUGAUGAAUGUUUUGACAAUUAUUGAUGUUUUUAAUUUGUUUCAACUGGUACCGGUUUCACAAACAGGUUCACUUAUGGUUAUAAAAGACAGGAAUUUAUAAUGCUCUUUGUAGAACUACAAAUAUGCAGAACAUGUAUCGUGCUCUACUGACUGUGUGCUUUCCAAACCUUGUGAAGCCUGGGUGGUGCAGGUUACUACAACUGCAGGUGUUUCUUAAAACAGACCACAAACAGCAA